AUGUCUUCCCUUGGUUCUGAAGCGAAUCACGGCGGACCGCCAGAUGUCUUACCCGCUUCGCAAUACCUACAAGAGCGGUUGCAGGAGCGUCGCGCGAGGAACACGCGACCCAAGCGUGUGAGACAGUCUGACUUUGGACCGCGACGAGGCCGCGACGAUGAUAUAUUCCUCGCCGAAGCCGACGACAUUCACCACACUCGUCUGUACGACAGCUCGCCAUUAGCCGCCAUGAGUGCAAAGGGUUCCGACUCCGGGCACGGCAGCAGCAACAGACGGCGCAUGAUGGGCAUUCGCGACAUGGAUGGGGAGCUAGAUCGAUUGAACAAGCAGAAUUUCGCACUAAAGCUAGAGAUCGAUCACCGCCGGGAUCAUGCACAGAAGAUGCAGGAGCAGCUGGACAGUAUGCGCGAAUUGAUUGAUCGUGCGGAGAGGCUCGAGACUGAGCAUGCCGAGCUCCUGCGCAUCAAUUCACAGCUGGUGAAUGAGUUGGAGAAACGUGACAAGGCUGUGGAAGAGGCCAUGGACAUAAUAUGUGAUCUUGAGGAGCAGAACAACGAGUUGGUCGAGCGCAACAGCAACACCAGGCCAUCAACUGCUCAUGCAGAUUCUGGGUAUGCCGGAACGGAAAUGCCAGAGCACGACUCUCCUUCUUCUCGUCCUGGUGCCGACACCCGGCCAAAGUCUCCCACCAUCAAUGUACGCCAACCAUCGCUGCCAGCUUCUGCYGCCUCCAAGAAGCUUCAAGGUCUUCUCAACGAUCAAACACCUGCACGGGCGAGGAGAGAGCCGAAUAUCCUGAGCGAGCAGAAGCCUAGCACACACGCUCUACGCAGCGUGUACAUGGAGAACGCAAAGCAGCUCCACUCGGUGAAGAGUUUCCAAUCGCUGCUUUCGAGGCAGGAGAACAAGCUUGACGAGGAUCUCGACGAUGCUCUCAACUCUCCACGGCUGAGUGUGCUGAGCGAAAGCAGCUUCCCGUCCAUCUACAGUCCCAAGCAACAGCUCAGUCCGGAUCGUUUUGCUUGGGAAGAUGCGAUUGACGACGAUACUGCUUCACCAUCAAUCCGUACGCGUUCGCAGCCACGACAAGAUAGCAUCAAGCGAGUCAGCCAGUGGAUCUCAGAGCGAGAUGCUGCGGAAACUACCCCGUCGAAAUCGAAUCACAUCUCAUCCCCACUUCAGCUGAAGAUGGAUGAAGAUAUGCCACCGCCGCCUAUGCCACGCCAUGCUGCUCUGCAGAGCCACUACCACUCACUCAACAAUGCUUUGUCUGAAGUUGCAGUUUGCUCGCCGGAGUUCCUCAGACAGCCACAUCGUCUCGAUCUACAUGAGCCUUCGGGGGCACAAAGACGAAAGCUUGAGUCAUCGCGCCCACGACCGAUGAGUCUUAUUGGUCCCACUCCAGGGUCGCCGCUUCUGCCUCCCACCCCUGAUAGCGUCAGCACGCGUAUGCUCCGUGCGUCGAGGUCUAGCAUCAUCGGUGAACGAAGCUUACUAGACAUUACUCCAGCUGUCGUGAGAGGUUUCGAUGCUCUCGAGCCUGGCAUCCGGACUGCUCCAAAACAGAUGAGGUCUUCGGUCGAGUUGAGUAGUGCUUAUAACAGUAACGUGGGGCACCGUCACUCGAUCGCCGCGCAUGGUAUUGGCGUUGAUGAGAGCUCUGAAGACGAAGAUUUUGGUGAAGCAGAUCGCCUUUCCGCAAGCGCGUGCGACUUUGGCAUUGAAUACGAUGGCUUCCCGGACGGGAAAAGUAUCAAAAUGGGCACUCCCAGCCGAUUCUUCAAACAUCCACAGCCACCUGAUAUGUUUAAUCUCAACAACAUGUCUCCGCCACAGGCCGCAAAGGUUAAUAUUCCAUCACCGCGAAGGCGGCGGUCUAGCGAUCAAAUCUACAGCAGUCUCACCAAGCCACGGAUGGUUAGGGUAGAGACAAGUCCGACUCUUCUCGGGACACUCGGCCGUAUGGUCAGCGGGGGAGGAAAGGCGUCGGCAGAGAGCAUUGCGACUCCACGCUCGACACGCUCAGGUUCCUCCGGCAACCGUACCAUCCACCCUAGCGAGCAGCAACUUGGAGCUAUCUCCCCCGACGUUGUACAUGCGCGACAAGUUCUCACCCAGAGCCUGGCCUCGCCAUCUCCAUCACGCACUGCAGCAUCUCCUGCGAGAACGUUUGGACAGAAGACUCAGAAUCUCUUCCGGCGCUUGAGCAACAGCCAAGGAAGCGAUCGCGAGGGCCGGGAGAAAUCGCCAUUACCCACAUUGACUCAAUCACCGGCAUCUGUCUACGCCGACAACAUUCCAAUUGAAUUGCGGCGACCAAUGACCAGCAACACCGAUCGAACGACGCGAACCACGGCCACUGGUCCAUCAGAUCAUCGAGUGCCAAGCAGCCGGGAUCUCGAACGACCUUCACUACAAGCGCGCACUUUCACGGAGCCGGGCAACGCUCGACCACCAUCGGCUUCUGGUAUCACGGCUGCUGAAAGGGAAAAGCGAAACAUCUUCAAGCGCAGCAACAGCCUUAAAAAGGCAGCCCCCGAAGCAGGUGUUGCACCGGAGACCCGGCGUAGAGGCAGCAUUAGAGAGGUUGUGAGUACAGCACGGCGACCUUGGCGAUAG